UGCUAGCAACAUCGUUGCUGGCAGUGCGAUUGGGAGUUUUAUUUACUAUUGUAUGUUAUUUUUUGUGUGCAUGAUCGUACAUUUUCUGGUAGCCAUCCUGCUCUCCGUUGGGUUCGUGCACUUUUCAUUCAACAAACAAUCCUUAUCGUCCACCAAAUUGCACUGUGGCUAACGAGAAGAACGGAUUGUAGUUGCAGAAAAGGGAAAGCUCUCCCGACUACCCAUAAACCGAAAACUGCCUUAUCAUUCUAGAAAUUGUGCGGCAACUCCAGCCCGGCCACGAUGAAACCGACCGGCGACGUACUGACCGCCCUGCGGAAUCUGAUGAAGAACCUGCCGAACAAUCUCGGCUCGAUCAACGCGUACAUCAUCCCGUCGAACGAUGCGCACCAGAGCGAAUAUCUGGCGGCGCGGGACGAGCGGCGCGCGUUCGUGUCCGGAUUUGACGGUAGCGCCGGUACGGCAGUGGUUACCGAACGUGAGGCCCUGCUCUGGACGGACGGUCGCUACUACCAGCAGGCGACGAAGCAGCUCGACACCAACUGGACGCUGAUGCGGGACGGCCAGCCCUCAACGCCCUCGAUCGAUGCCUGGCUCGCAAAAGCGCUCCAGCCCGGUGCGCGAGUCGGCGUGGAUGCGAACCUGAUCACGGCCGCCGCCUGGAUGCCGCUGCAAACCUCGCUCAAGACGGCCGGCUGCACCCUGCUGCCCGUCGUUCCGAACCUGAUCGAUCUGCUCUGGAAAGAGCAGCCGGCCGUUCCGCACAAUCCGUUGCUGCCGCUCGCCACGACUUUCACCGGUGCGACGAUCGCGCAGAAGCUGGCGACGGUGCGCGAGAAGCUCGCGGACAAGCGGGCGUCCGUGAUGGUCGUGAGCGCUUUGGACGAGAUCGCCUGGUUGCUGAACCUGCGCGGCACCGACAUCGACUACAAUCCCGUCUUCUUCGCGUAUGUGAUCGUGACGCCAGACGCUCUGUACCUGUUCAUCGAUCCGGCCCAGAUGCGUCCACAGGUGGAAGACCACUUUCGCGCGAACGGCGUCACGGUGGAGGUGCGCGGGUACGGCGAGGUGCACGCGGUGCUGCAGGAGCUGGCGGGCAACAGUUCGACGUCGGCCACGCCCAGCGGCACCAGACCGUUAGUUUGGAUUAGCUCCGGCUCGAGCUACGCGCUGGUCGCGCUCGUGCCGGAGGAGCGGCGACUGAACGACAUCACACCGAUCAACCUGAUGAAAGCGGUCAAAAACGAAACGGAAGCGAAGGGCAUUCGGGACUGCCAUGUGCGGGAUGGAGUGGCGCUCUGCCAGUACUUUGCGUGGCUCGAGCGCUGCAUGGCCGACGGCACGCCGGUGGACGAGAUUAGUGGGGCGACCCGACUGGAGGAGCUGCGCAGCCGGCAGGCACACUACCAAGGGCUGAGCUUCACGACGAUCAGCGCGUCCGGGCCGAACGGAUCCAUCAUCCACUACCAUCCGCUGCCAGAAACGAACCGCCCCAUCACGGCGAACGAGCUCUACCUGUGCGAUUCCGGCGCUCAGUAUCUCGAUGGGACCACGGAUGUGACGCGCACGAUGCAUUUCGGGCAGCCGACGGCGGAAGAGAUACGCGCGUUCACGCACGUGCUCAAGGGGCAGAUAAGUCUCGGGACGGCCAUCUUCCCGCGCAAGGUGAAGGGUCAGUUUUUGGACACGAUCGCGCGAAAGGCACUGUGGGACAUUGGAUUGGACUAUGGGCACGGCACCGGGCACGGCAUCGGCCACUUCCUCAACGUGCACGAAGGCCCGAUGGGUAUCGGCAUUCGCUUGAUGCCGAACGAUCCGGGGCUGGAGGAAAACAUGUUCCUUUCCAAUGAACCCGGCUACUACAAGGACGGUCAGUUUGGUAUUCGCAUCGAGGACAUCGUGCAGGUGGUGACGGCCAACGUGGGUACCAACUUUGAUGGGCGCGGCGCACUCACCUUCCGCACGAUAACCAUGUGUCCGAUCCAGACGCGGCUGAUUGAUGUCACACUGCUGACUGCGAAGGAGCGCGACCAUUUGAAUGCGUACCAUCAAACUGUGCUCGAUACGCUUGGGCCUCUUCUACGCGAAACAAACGAUCUGGACACGCUCGCCUGGCUAGAGCGUGAAACGAAGGCUAUAUAAAAAGCGCAGGAAGGGAAGGGGGCGAUUGGCAAAAGUGCAUGUGUAGGGCAGGCGAGUAACGAGCAUAGGGAUGGCCAGCGCCUGAGUCACUGGCUUCCAAGCGCACGAGAAGCGACAAACGUGUGCAGCCGAUAAUACCGUACUUUGGCGUGUACAACGACCCACUUUGAGGUCGGAAAAGGCCAAAAUCAGAUUCAGGGGGUCGUGUUAUGCACAACUACCCGUACUACUUUUCGAUUACACCUGAGACAUUACAUCCGAUCACAAACAAAGACAGUCUCGUGCAUGGUUAUCCACAAAGACACAAGGAAAGAGUUGUGGAAACUGAAGAAACAAGUGAUCUCACUGGUUCUUUAAAUUGGUGAUUCAAAUUCAUAUCAAGGAACCACUUAAGGCAUGAGGUCAAAAACUAAAGCUCAGAAAAUACCCCAACAAUAUGAUGGUAAACACUGAUGGCCUUCCAUUCGCUUGUCCUAGAAGUACGAAAAUAAAUCGAAUUUUGAUUUGAAUCAAAAUGAUAGCAUGGAUAAAA